AUGUCUCGUUUCUUCCCUCACACCGAAUAUGCCGAGGACCAGCCUCUCGCCCGCACUAUCCUAUUCACACACGUGCUGAAUCGUGGAUUCCAGGCCGGCACAGCCAUCGGUCUACUUAGUUGCGCAUCUCAAAUUCUGCUUAAAGGCCAACCGAUCACAGUCUUGGCCCUCGUUCGCUCAGCAGGAGUGGGCGCUGCCGUUGGCACGGGUUUAGGGGGAAUCGCAACGAUGAUGCGAAUGCGGGGACGGGAAGAGAUCGAAUGGAAAGAUCGCAGCUGGGCAUUAUUGGAGAAUAAAGGACAGGUGAAGGUGGAUAACUGGAGUCAGCCGGGGAUGGUCUUAGGGGCAGCGGCGGUCGCGUUGCGAAAGGCAAAGGCAAUGGGGAAUGGGGGUUGGCGGGGCAUACUGGGAGGCGCUGGGAUUGGGUCGUUGAUAGGGACGGUGGGAAGUAUGGUUUUGGGGGGAUAA